AUGAAUCGAACGCAGAAGCAUAAUCUUGCAAAUAAUGUUGACAACAAGUUACAAUCAAGCUGUUCCAUUGAUGAAGGUAGUUUGGUACGAAUGCACAGAAGUACACAGGACGCUGUCCAUUAUGCCUUAAACUCUGGUCAACACCCACAGCAUUGCAGGUAUCCGGGUACAUUUUCUGUUUUCGGUGUAUUUUAAGGCAUUUAAAUGAAUAUCAAAAGUGCCCUAUCACCAAUUUACCUGCAAAACAACUAGACAUUGUGAGACUUUAUACGUAACGGUAGUAAUAAAAGGGAAUUACGAAAAAA